UGCGACGAACUUUGCCUUUAUAUAACGAGCGCACAUCCGAAUUUAAGCGGCUCUGUCGCAUGUUGUAUUACAUAGCGCAUCUAUGAAUAAGUGAAAUAAAAAUACAUUGCAUUUUUAAAUAGGAUUACUAUACAAGAUUCAAGCUAAACUUCUCUUACCUCGGCAUCGUCAGGCACGGUGACGGUGAUUGCCGUGUUCUACACAUGCUGCCUGCCACCCCUAAUAAAAAGUUCCCCGGGCACGUAUUCUCCACCACUCCCGUCCUUUCCCAGGACAUGUGUGAGGCCACGUGCUACAUGGAGCCCAACUGCGCAUCGUUCAACUUCGGACUGGCAUCAGAUGGAAAGAUGACUUGCGAAUUAAAUAAUAAUUCGGCGAAAGAUCCUGGUGAACUCAAGGAUAAAGUAGGAUUCGUAUACCAGGGAUACAAGAACACGUGCGGCAUCAGUACAUGUCUGUCUGGAUCUUUCUGUCAAACAGGGUACGGAGAGAAGAACCACCGAUGUAUGUGCAAAGCCAACCUAACCGGAGCGCAUUGCGAUAUAUCAAAAUAUAUCACGGUUAAUGUAAAAUCGUAUGCCAAGGGUAGUUUCCAUGGGUUGAGCGAGAUCAUCGUUGACGGGACAGAUUAUUGCCUCAAGCAAAGAGGACAUAACUUCGCCGCUUUUUCUAUGAAUGGGACGUUCAUCAGUAAGGCUAAUUUCGAUACUUACGGAAGUGCCACAGCAGACGAUGAGAUGCGUGAUUACAUCAACGACUUGCCGUCUAACUCUCUUGUUAUCAUCUCUACGUACGACUCUGCAGAAAGACACGUCGCUGAUGCAUAUAAUGCACUGAGAAGUCUUGGUGCCGUGGAACCGCUCAAAUCAGGUUACAGAGGAACGUGGUUUUUGAUUGGUCAUAAGGGAGGGCCACGCCCCUGGAUCACGCAAGGCAACCACGAAAGUUCAGUUCCUUCAAUGGGGUCGGCGCAUGUGCAAAAAGAGGGAUGUUUCGCCCAUGCUUCACUUUAUCAACAAUGGUGUAACCCAUAAUAGUGUAGUGUAAGUAGAGACUAAGCCUUGUCGUCACAUUGACUUUGCUUACAAUCUGAACUAUCACGUGUCCAGGGGUAUGCAAUUACAUGGAUUGGACUAUGUCAUCACGUGACCUGAUGAGUGUUAAUGUCACGUGAACAGGUUUGCGCUAUCACGCGACUUGUGACGUGAAUGUAUAAUCAAUGACCUUGGACAUGCCUCACAUUGGAUGAAUUACGUCGUCACGUGCCGCCGAGCUAUGCCAUCACGUCAACUAGAAUAUGCAAUCACAUGACCUGGGUCAUGCUUCACAUUGGCUUAAUUACGUCGUCACGUGACCUGAGCUAUAUCACGUCGACUAGAAUGUGCAAUCACAUGACCUGUAUCAUGCCUCACAUUGGAUUAAUUACGUCGUCACGUGACCUGAGCUAUAUCACGUCAACUAGAAUAUGAAAUCACAUGACCUGGGUCAUGCUUCACAUCGGAUUAAUUACGUCGUCACGUGACCUGAGCUAUAUCACGUCAACUAGAAUAUGCAAUCACAUGACCUGGGUCAUGCUUCACAUUGGCUUAAUUACGUCGUCACGUGACCUGAGCUAUAUCACGUCAACUAGAAUGUGCAAUCACAUGACCUGUAUCAUGCCUCACAUUGGCUUAAUUACGUCGUCACGUGACCUGAGCUAUAUCACGUCAACUAGAAUGUGCAAUCACAUGACCCGGUUCAUGCCUCACAUUGGCUUAAUUACGUCGUCACGUGGCCUGAGCUAUAUCACGUCAACUAGAAUGUGCAAUCACAUGACCUGUAUCAUGCCUCACAUUGGCUUAAUUACGUCGUCACGUGACCUGAGCUAUAUCACGUCAACUAGAAUGUGCAAUCACAUGACCCGGUUCAUGCCUCACAUUGGCUUAAUUACGUCGUCACGUGGCCUGAGCUAUAUCACGUCAAGUAGAAUGUGCAAUCACAUGACCUGGGUCAUGCUUCACAUUGGCUUAAUUACGUCGUCACGUGGCCUGAGCUAUAUCACGUCAACUAGAAUGUGCAAUCACAUGACCCGGUUCAUGCCUCACAUUGGCUUAAUUACGUCGUCACGUGGCCUGAGCUAUAUCACGUCAAGUAGAAUGUGCAAUCACAUGACCUGGGUCAUGCUUCACAUUGGCUUAAUUACGUCGUCACGUGGCCUGAGCUAUAUCACGUCAACUAGAAUGUGCAAUCACAUGACCCGGUUCAUGCCUCACAUUGGCUUAAUUACGUCGUCACGUGGCCUGAGCUAUAUCACGUCAACUAGAAUGUGCAAUCACAUGACCUGGGUCAUGCUUCACAUUGGCUUAAUUACGUCGUCACGUGGCCUGAGCUAUAUCACGUCAACUAGAAUGUGCAAUCACAUGACCCGGUUCAUGCCUCACAUUGGCUUAAUUACGUCGUCACGUGGCCUGAGCUAUAUCACGUCAAGUAGAAUGUGCAAUCACAUGACCUGGGUCAUGCUUCACAUUGGCUUAAUUACGUCGUCACGUGGCCUGAGCUAUAUCACGUCAAGUAGAAUGUGCAAUCACAUGACCUGGGCCAUGCCUCACAUGGGCUAAAUUACGCCGUCACGUGACCUUAGCCAUUUAGUCACGUGACUUAUGUUUACCUAGCUUUACGCCGUCUUGUUUUCUUAGUUAGGAGAACUAGGAAAUGCCAUCAUGUGACCUAGGAAAUUUCAUCACAUGACCUAGGAUAUACUAUAAUGUGACCUAGGAUAUGCUAUCACAUGACCUAAGAUAUGCCAUCAUGUGACCUAGGAUAUGCCAUCACAUGACCUAGGAUAUGCUAUCACAUGAACUAAGAUUUGCCAUCACGUGACCUAAAAUAUGACAUCACAUGACCUAGGAUAUGCUAUCACUUGACCUAGGAUAUGCUAUCACGUGACCUAGGAUAUGCUAUCACGUGACCUAGGAUAUGCUAUCACGUGACCUAGGUUAUGCCAUCACAUGACCUAGGUUAUGCCAUCACAUGACCUAGGAUAUGCCAUCACAUGACCUAGGUUAUGCCAUCACAUGACCAUGCCAUUAUGAGAUCUAGCACAUGUGGAAAAUAUGUUCAUAGCACAACUAUUUAUCAUGCGUAUUCUUUUUAUUGACUUUUAUUUGAAUUAAAAUAUAUCCGCAAGUAUAUCCGUGGUUUGUUUGCCUUCCCUCUUUUUGUAUACUAGCCCGUAGAAAUUAAGGUUUCUAUUUCGAAUCAACGAUAUUUGUAGAAUAAACUGUAGCUCUUUUUUUUGUUAAUUACUUUUCACCAUAAAUAUUAAAAGAGAAGAUAUUGCAA